AACUUCAGACUGGGUUUUGUUUAAAUCUGCUGAUGAAGUUCAGAUAAACAACCAGAGGGUUGUCCCUCGUAAGAUUUUACAUGGCAGAUUCCGAUGAAGAAUCCGAUCGCCGUCGUAGCCGUGAUAAAUUUCGCCGUGAACGUAGUGAUCACGAUGGACGUCGUCGUCCUGGUGAUAAACGAGAGCCAUUCGACGACCGAUCAGGUACUGUAGGUGUUGCACCGGCUCGUGAAGAUCAUCGUGUGUCUGGUGAAGGUCGGAAUGACCGUGGACGAUCACCUGCAGAACCUCCUUACAAAAGACCUCGUAAAGAUAACAAUGAUGAUUAUAAACCAAGUUCAUACCAGCGAAAGGAUACCAAAAGUUCAGGUGUUUCGGAAUACGAUGGCAUGUAUAGGCCUCCAGUAAUACCAUUUAAGCGGUUUCUUGAUCCUUUGGACGACUUGAUAACUGAAGAAGAGGCGUGUAGUAAAUACAAAGAAUACAAAGAAGGAUAUAUGAAGCGUCAUACCGAAGAGUUCUUUGAUGCACACAAAAAUGAGGAAUGGCUUCGUCUUCGUUAUCAUCCCGAUUACAUGAAUGAAAGAAAAGCCGCUCUUAGCGCAGCAGCCAAGCAUCGUCUAGAUGUUUUCAUGGAGCUUUUACAUAAAGGCUUUCUCGAAAAUCAGUCUGUUCAGAUGGACAAUAGUGAGAAUCUCAUAAAACUCAUGGAUGCUGUUGUUAUCAAACUUGAAGGUGGUUCUGAUGAAGACCUAAAGGUACUUGAAGAAUCUGAUCGUAAUAGAUAUUCAGACGAAGACGUAGUACAUCAGUCUCAGUCUUCUGGACCUAUUUGUUGUGAAAAUAAAAGUGAAGGAGAGGCUGAAUCUGAUGACGAUUUCGAACAUGAGAAGCCUAACACAGAACUUCCUAGAAAAGUGAUGCCAGAAUCUCUUCACACUCAAGGUUCUACUGUGGAAUGUCGAACAACUAACCGACGUGCACGAACCGAGUCAAACAAGUCUGGUAGCUCAGCUGCUUCACAAAGUAGUCGGAGUAGCGAUAGUGACAGUGGUUCUUCAAGCGAUGACGAAGCUGAUGAAAGCGCCAAACCUAAAGCUGAAGUUGAGCAGAAGUGUGAUGAACUUGGUAAUAUUCAUGACGUUGCAAGGUCUGAAGUUGACGAAGAUGAUGACGAUGUACCCACUCCUACAACUGCCGAGUCCCCAAGAGGAUGUAAAAAUGAAGACUCUUCUGUUUCUAUGAUCAUCGGCUCGGUAAAUGAUACACCUGUCAAACAUCCUAUUUUUGGAGAUCCUCCCAACGCUCCUCAGUCCAAGUGUGCAAAUCCACCAAGACUGCUACACAAAACUGCAUCUAUAUUCUUCCGAGCGUUACCUCCAACUAUAAUGGAAAGCGAACUCAAAGAGCUUUGCGCUUCUCAACCUGGAUUCAUAAGAUUGGCUCUUUGGGAACCUGUUCCUGAACGUCGAUUUAUGCGACAUGCAUGGGCCACAUAUGAUCCUUCUGUUAACAUCAAAAAGAUAUGUUGGGCGUUAAAUACCAGUAGUUUAUUACGCGAAAAACUUGAACUUCCAAACGGAGAAUUAGGUGCUACAGUUAAUCGUGAUUUAGCUCAGAGAGUUCGUCCUCUUACUCCUCUCACACGUCAUAAACCAGUUAUGCGACAAGAUUUACUCUUGGCUGCGCAACUUGUCGCACGUUUAGAUGCUAAACAUAAUCUAUGGAGUCAUUUGGAAAUUCCUGAUAGUACAAAUGAUUUGAAUACAAUUGGUAAGCUCAAAAUCAAUGGUGAUUCGGAAUUCAAGAAUAUUUAUGAUUAUACAGCUCUGGAAAUGGCUAUUAAGAGUAAAAAUCCAUUACUUAAAAAUCUGACAGACUAUCUCGUUGAUGAAGGUGGAAGUGAAGAAGAAGCACUUAUAGCGGAAACUCAAGCAGAGGGUGAAGGAUGUGACAAUAGUAGUAAUAAUGUAGUUGGACGUGUUCACACUGUAACAUUGGAAUCCGAUCCUAAUUUGGCUCGUACUUUAGAUCUGUUAAUACUCUAUUUACGUAUUGUCCAUUCUAUGGAUUACUAUGCAGGAGCUAUUUAUCCCAUGGAGGAUCUCAUGCCUCAUCGAUGUGGAAUUCUUCAUGCAAGAGGUGACAGAGGAAUAAAUACUGUUCCUGGUGGUCGUUCUAGUGGUCUGGCUUUCACUCAAAGAGAAAUUAAUGAUCACCUUCAGAAUUUCGCUUUAAAAUUGCGUACUCUUAUCGAGGUACCAAAAGAUUUAACUGAAGAAGAAAUGAAAAAGUUAGGUAUGCGAGAUCCUGAAAAAGCUGCAGAAGAAUUCGUCGAAGCUAAUAUUCAAAAAAGAACUGGCAAGAAAAAACCAUUUAAAGUUGUAUGGGUAUGUCCAUUAUCCGACAAGAAAUUCCGUGAACCAAUUUUUGUUCGUAAACAUAUUUUCAAUAAACACAUGGACAAGGUAGAAGCAGCUAAAAAAGACAAUGCAAUAUUUUAUAAUAACUAUUUGAAAGAUCCUAGACGUCCAUCAUUACCGGAAGCUCCUUAUCAUUUGUUAAAUCAAUAUUAUCCAUCUUUAAGUUCGAAUUCAAAUAGUAAUAAUCAUACAUACAGAGGUAGAGGUUCUGGACGUGGUAAUACGGGUGGAAGUUAUCGUGGAUAUAGGAAUAAUUCACUUCUUUCAACAGCACCAAGUUACGUACGGGGUACUGGAACUUUUCAGGUAUACUGUAUACAUACAACUUAUUUUCGUUUCGAUAUUGUUGAUAUAUUCUGUCAAUUUGAACAUUUUUGUUGGUUUACUAUUCAUUUCUGUGGAUUCAGAGAUAAACAGGUGUCUUAUGAGCUACUUGAGAAAAUUUAUAACAUGUAAUGUAAUAAAUUAAGCUUCUACUAUACUGUCCGUCUACCAACUGUUAACGCAAGUUUGCCGUCCAGCAAUCCUUCAAGUAUUGCUCUACGGUUGAAAAACACUCUAUAGAAGACAUGCUUAGACACCGGAAUUAUGUGAUCAUAGGUUUUCCCGAAUUACUGGUUGUUUAUUAUAGUAAGGUACUACUAGAGAAAAACGGAAAAUCGGUAGAUGAAGCUAUAUGUAAACCUUCCUGAUGGAUUAAGAGCCAAUAGAAUAGUAAUAAUUAAUGGUUGAAGAUGUUAGACUCCACAGCACAAAUCUGGUCGUAUUCGCACAAUUGUAUACACUAUGUUCCUUUUAGUCUUGGGUUGAGUUUCAUUAUUUAUUUACCAUCCUUCGGUCACAUUUAUUUCAUUUGUAUUCUCUUAUUCUUUGUUUAUAUUUUUUUACCGAUUUUGGUGUAUACUUUCCUGUCCGUUCAUACUCAUCAUGUUAAUUUCGCUCCUCUCAAUUCACUGAUAUUUGAAACUUUGAAUAGACACUGAUUCUUACCAAAGCUUACGUUAAUAAUGAUUUCUAACUAUACUACUACUGGGUGCUUUUUUGUGCCAUUUAAACUUAACAUAAUUGAAUUUCUCGAUUGUAUAUCUUCAAUUUCAAUAUUGUUUUAAUGGUGAUAUAAUGAACUAAAAAAUCGACUGUUAUCUAUUCAUUUUGACUGAUUUAGUGUUUAAGGAAAGUUGUACAUCUCGAACUAAAUGACUCAUGUCAGUACCAGCGUUGUAAUAGCUUUUCAAGUUUAUACCAUCAUUAAUAACUAUGAAUUAUUUCAUUACUAUUCAAACCCAAAUACUAAUAAUGAUAUAAACAUCAUGCUUAUUGAACAAAUUUGUGGCUAUCUACACCUAGUAGUAGCUCAGUUAACAACGUCUUGUAAUUUAAUAGUGAACGGCAUUGGGUCAGAGUAUCAAUCUGUGAACAUCAGCACUAGGAUGCAGGUAUAUCCACCCAAUGAGUUCCAAAUAAGGCAAAAAACCCUUAUGUGAGUUACAGGUCAUUUAUUAAUUAAGGUUUUUGAACUGCUUCGUAAAUUCCAUUACUCAACUAUUUCUCCCUUUGUCCAGGACUAUUAUGAUGUGGCAGCUCAACAACAACAACACCAAGCUAUGGCGGCUGUAGCCGCAGCUGCUGCUGCCGCUUUAUAUCCAAACGCUGCGACAGCAGCUGAUUUGUAUGCAUUGGCUGCACAGGCAGGUGCACCUCGCACAGGUCUUGGAAUGUCUAGGUCGCGUGGUCAACGUGGUUCUUCACCAUCUCAUGAUUUCAAUCAUCGACCAUAUAGUAGCAGUAGUACAUUGGAUAGUCGCCGGAGACAGCCUACAAACUAUUCGACAAAUAGGUAAGCUACAGUUAUGACUUAUGUUUGUAUGUAUUAAACCCUUGAUACACUUAUCAGGCGGUAGGUGAUGCGAGGUUGGUAGGACACUAAACAGUAGAUUCCGAUAAAAUCUUGUUAAUAUUUGAUUGUAUAUCAUGAGUUUUGUGUAUGAAUCUCUCUAUCUUUGUAUUUUCUGCCGGAUUUAUCACGUUUCCCAAAUUUUUUUGCAGAUUGUGCUAUUCCUAAUUGAUCUGUAAUUCUGAACAAAUCAAUCAUAGUAGAACUUGUUCAAUAAAUCUUGUCUAAGCAGUUGUAAAAGUGAACAUUGUUUUUAAUGGGAUCUUUCCUCAUUCUGUACUCUGUCUAAUCAGAUUGAAGGUUUCGCGAAUUAUCUCAAACUGGUAGAAGGCUUUCAUUGAGGACAAAAUCUCAAUUUAAAAGGCAGUCAGUCCUGUUACCGUGUAGCUCUUCUCUAGUAUACAGCCCACGCCAUGUUGUCCGGGAUCUGACCUUAGGAUCUCAUUAGUCUUGACUAUAGAUAUCCUCGAAGCAUCGGUCGUGCAUUUUAGGACAAUUGAAUGAAUAAUCCCGGGUUUAGGGAUAGAAUGUUAGGUAAAUAUGGCAAAUCAGUUGGUAAUGUUGUAGUGACUAUUCAUCAACUUACGUGGUUAGGGUAUGUGCUCGACCGCGUACAUCGACGGGUGAUGUUGCCUAGGUGAGUAGAUUGGAAGAAAGCUAUGGGCGGCCAAAGUAAGACAUGGGACCAGUCCUUAAAUUGAUAGAUAGUUGUACUGAGCCGUGUAAAUUAGUGUAAACUACAUGGUUAGGGGCCGCGUGAUUGUCGUAACUAAUAGUUGGAGACCUUAUGCGGCAUGUCUCAAAAUCGUUCUCAAUGGCACCGGUGCAUAUGCUCUUUUACUUCUCUUAUAAAUUGAGUCCCGAAAUCUCCGUACACCUUUUUUCUUUUCCUAUACCUAGUCUUUACUACUACUGUUGACACUGUUUCUACUUGUACUACUCUGGGAAUUUGUCUCGACAAUUUUGUGUCUCUGUGUUAAUGUGAUACAGGAAAUGGGACCAACGCACACAUAUUUCAGUUUUUGUGUUGCUCAUAACUGACCAACUGUUUAGUAAUCAGCUUCAAAUGCUAACAUCUCGAAAUCUCAAAUUAAAUUCGCUCUGUCCGUCCAGUACGCCAACUAAGAUUUAUAGGAAUAAUUACAUAAAAUAUCAGCCUUGUUGUGGCUAUCGAUUUGAUUUCGUGCGAUGGUUGUAUUCAAUAUUUAUUCAGCUACUAAUCAAUCAUAAUUCCCUUAAAUGUUUAUACGGUUUGUCUAAUACACGUGUGUAGCAGUACACCUACAUGAUCGGUAGUGAUCGUUCUCAAGUUCCUAUCCUGUGAGCAUUCAGUUUCUUAACCAGGUCACCUUCAUUAAUUUUUUGGAUCAUUUUGCUUUCAAAAUACAACAUUAUCGUGCAUAGACAAUUAAGUAUAUAACAAUGACCAGUUAACUAAAGGAAAGACAUCGUUCAUUCAACAGACUUCCAGUGAAAGUAGAACUAGGACAUUAUCAUAAAUGGAGUAUAAUUGUAAUUGGAAUAAGAAUAGUGUUCCACAAGUUUUUUUAAAAUAAAUUUUCGUUAACUUCACUUCUUGUAUUUAUUGACGAGACUAUACUUAGCCUUUUCUUAACUUUUAGACGUCCAGUUGGUGGUGUUGGUGGCGGUACUACAACCGGUGAACGAACAAUGAUAUCAUAUAAUGAUUUAGAUGAUCCUGGAAAUGAUGUGCUUUAAAUUGAAUUAACUAAUUAAUCUAAUCAUCUUCAUCGACUGUUACAACAAAUGCUUUAUUUUCUAUGUUCUUGUUUUCUGUUUGUUUCUAAAGUUUAUCACGUUGAUACAUUUAAAUGAAUAUCAUGUAUAUCUGAACAUUGUGCAUUUUCAUAUUCUUUUUUCCUUAUAUUAAUUACAAUAAGAAAAGUUCUAUUAAAUUGUAUCACACUUUUCAAUUUACAUACUUAUAUAUGAUGUUACUGUGUGAGAAACUAUAAUAAUCGAGUCGAUGAUAGU